ACACACACACACAGAUAUAUACACUAGCUGAAUUUACAGAAACUGGAAACUCCGACCCUUUUUACCACCGGCGGCACCUCCUCCACCACAACAGAACCGCCGUCUAGAAGAUGGCGUCGUUCGCCGUCACCUCCUCCCUAAACCUCCGCUUCCGCCCUCUCUCCACGCCAAAACCCCGGCGGCCCGCCACCCCCAAAUCCCUCCACCUCACUCAUAAACUUAGAACCCUCGUCAAAAACAGCAUCACCAAUUCUAUCAACCCACACAGCCAUGAUCGAAUUCCUUUCGCCAACCAGAACCCCGCAUUCUCGCUUCCCGCCCCUAACCGCAACCCGAUUGCGGCUGCCGCCGCAGCGCCGCCGUCGUCUCCUCCCGCUCCGCCGCAGCCGUGGCAGGGCGCCGCCAUGAAACCCCUCAUCGCCUCCAUCGCGACGGGGGUCAUCCUGUGGUUCCUCCCCGCGCCGGAGGGCGUAUCGCGCGUCGCGUGGCAGCUGCUCUCCAUCUUCCUCGCCACCAUCGUCGGAAUCAUCACCCAGCCACUGCCGCUCGGCGCCGUCGCGCUGAUGGGCCUCGGAGCCUGCGUCCUCACAAAAACCCUCACCUUCGCCGCCGCAUUCUCAGCCUUCGGCGAUCCCAUCCCGUGGCUGAUUGCACUCGCGUUCUUCUUCGCCCGAGGGUUCAUCAAAACCGGACUAGGCAACAGAAUCGCCUACCAAUUCGUCUCCUUAUUCGGCAGCUCUUCAUUAGGGUUAGGUUACAGUCUGGUUUUCAGCGAAGCCCUUUUGGCUCCGGCGAUCCCCUCGGUGUCCGCCAGAGCUGGUGGAAUCUUCCUGCCGUUGGUCAAAUCCCUCUGUGUUGCCUGUGGCAGCAAUGUAGGUGACGGCACAGAGGAAAAACUCGGUUCUUGGCUUAUGCUGACGUGUUUCCAAACAUCGGUGAUUUCAUCAGCCAUGUUUUUAACUGGUAUGGCUGCAAAUCCAUUGGCAGCCAACUUGACAUUAAGCACGAUAAACAUGUCGAUUGGUUGGAUGGAUUGGGCUAAAGCUGCAAUCGUCCCUGGACUCGUUUCACUAAUCGUGGUGCCAUUUUUGUUAUACAUUAUAUAUCCUCCAACGGUUAAAAGUAGCCCCGAUGCACCUAAGCUCGCUAAGGAGAAGUUGGAGAAGAUGGGGCCCAUGUCGAAAAACGAGAUCAUCAUGGCUGGAACUCUGCUUCUCACGGUGGGGCUGUGGAUAUCUGGAAGUGUGCUGAAUGUGGAUGCAGUUACAGCGGCGAUUCUUGGAUUAUCUGUGCUGCUUAUAACGGGAGUUGUCACGUGGAAGGAGUGCUUAGCUGAAUCGGUUGCGUGGGACACUCUCACUUGGUUUGCUGCACUCAUUGCAAUGGCUGGUUAUCUAAACAAAUACGGUCUUAUUUCCUGGUUCAGCCAAACUGUCGUACAGUUUGUUGGUGGAUUGGGUCUCUCAUGGCAGCUAUCGUUCGGUGUUCUUGUUCUCCUAUACUUCUACUCCCACUAUUUCUUCGCUAGCGGUGCCGCCCAUAUAGGGGCCAUGUUCACCGCAUUCUUAUCUGUGGCCACCGCAUUGGGUACUCCACCUUACCUAGGUGCUUGUGUGCUGGCAUUCGUGUCCAAUCUAAUGGGUGGUAUUACUCAUUACGGGAUUGGAUCGGCCCCCGUUUUUUACGGUGCUGGCUAUGUGCCGCUAGGCAAGUGGUGGGGGUAUGGAUUCUUGAUCUCCAUCGUUAAUCUUGUGAUCUGGCUCGGUGUUGGAGGGCUGUGGUGGAAGGCUAUCGGCUUGUGGUAGACCUGCGGUGCGUACGAUCUUGUUCCCCUCUCCCGUUUGUUACAAUUUUCUUUAUUUUUUCGAAAUUGAAUCGAGAUUUUAGUAGCUUAGAGGGAGCGUAGGGAGAGACUUGAGAAUGUACACAUGAGUCCAUUUGUAGCUCGAAAUUAGAGUUGGUACUUCAAUAUUUUUGUAUAUUGAAUCUGCCUAUUCAACAA